AUGGCCUCGGUGAUCAGGUAUGUCAAGGACACGGUGGACGCCAAGCUCGAAGCAUGGAAGGACCAGCUGGGCGCGGACGCCCCCAGCUCGACCAUCGUGCCGUCGGUCCUCAAGUCCAAGGCGCUCAAGCUCGAAGGCAGCUCUCUCGAGAUCCGUGGCCCCGUCGACCGCACCUUUGUCUGGAUCCCUUAG